AGAAAGUUACUCAUCACCAAACCUAAAAUAGAACAGUCAUCUAUUACUUUUCUUUCUUUCUAUAAACUCUCUAUAAGCUAAGAUAUUAUUUCAAAGAACACAAACAAAGAGAAGAAAAAAAUGGGAAGAGGUAAGAUUGAGAUCAAAAGAAUUGAAAACUCAAGCAACAGACAAGUUACUUAUUCAAAGAGAAAGAAUGGAAUCCUUAAGAAAGCAAAGGAAAUAAGUGUUCUUUGUGAUGCUCAAGUUUCUCUUAUUCUCUUUGGUGCUUCUGGCAAGAUGCAUGAAUACAUCAGUCCUUCCACCACGUUGAUUGAUGUUCUAGAUAGAUACCAGAGAGCUUCUGGAAAAACUCUUUGGGAUGCUAAGCAUGAGAACAUUAGCAAUGAAAUUGAUAGAAUCAAAAAGGAGAAUGACAGCAUGCAGAUUGAGCUCAGGCACUUGAAGGGAGAGGACAUUACUUCACUGAAUUACAAAGAGCUUAUGUCUCUUGAGGAAGCCCUUGAAAAUGGACUCACUGGUGUCCGUGACAAAAAGACGGAAGUGCAUAGGAUGUACAAGAGAAAUAGCAAGAUUUUGGAGGAUGAAAAUAAGGAGCUCAAUUUUCUUCUGCAACAACAUAUGGCACUGGAAGGUGUAGGAAACAUGCAUGGACAAUGGAUUUAACCGCAUCAUAAGUGAUUUAAUUUGCACAAUAUGUCAUUUGAUUUUCAAAUUAAUGCUGCCUAAAUAUCCAUUAAUCUUCUACAAAGAAUGUAUGUUGAAUUAAUGGUUGCUACUAUAUGUCUAAUAUAUACACGUACUGUACUCUUAAGUCUUGGAUUGUGAACUUAAGUUUAAUUGGCAUUUCUGAUUUCAUUGUUGUUUGUUAAUUAGAUAUAUCAUUGGAGACCGUAAAG